GUUACUAGUACAAAUUCAAUGCCGCACAAUUGUGCAAUGCUGCUUGCGCACCCUAGCCCUAGUCAAGCCCGCUAUUUGGCAUUCGGUUGGCAAGAGGCUUGCAGCAGGGCUCGAAGGUUCAGAAGUAAGGUCAAGAAGCUGGAAUGUGCCAAUGUUCAAACGCUUGACGUAAACCCAAGCUGGGGCGCCAGCACAAAAAAAGCACCUCUCAACUCAGCCCAUCUCAAAGCGGCAUACUGUUGUGACCAACUGCGCGGUCCAGGGCUUCGGUUUUCAGCUGGAAAGCAGUUCCACGUUGGCAGCAUCACAAUUGCAUGUAGUCCAGCCCGUUGAUGGCGUUGUAUGAGAGCAGUGACUCUGCAUUGUGGGAGGCAGCUCUAGAUGAGUAUCCUGCUAGGUUGCAGGGGCUAGGAAAGGAGCGCCUUGUGGACUUGGACGACUUUUACAGAGUUGAGUUGGUGAAGACUCUUAAAGAACGGGGGAAUGCAGGCUAUGUCACAAAGGACGAGCUAGUGAAGAUCGUCGACUGGAAACUUACCCGUGGAAAGUGGAGGCCGCGACUGCUGGGCUACGCCAAAGAUGCCGCCGAGACUGACAUCAUCGAAACCUCAAAACGGGCUUUUGCGGCGCUCCCGGACGUCCAGUCAGCAAUCAAGAUUCUGUCGGAGCUCAAGGGCAUUGGACCGGCGACGGCAAGCGCCGUGCUUGCGGCGCACUCUCCUAAUCUGGCGCCUUUCAUGUCGGACGAGGCGCUUGCGGCGGCGCUGAAAGGAACCAAGGACUAUACGCCCAAGAAGUAUGCGGAACUGGCGGAAGCACUGACAGCGAAAGCGAAGGAUCUCGGGUGUAAGUCAACGGGCGAGCCAUGGACGCCUUCGGACGUUGAGAGGGCAAUUUGGUCGGACGAUGCAAAGGGCCGGCAAAAAGGGGUUUCGAAAACGGCUUCAAAAGCAGCUCCGAAGGGCGCCGCCAAAGGAGACGCGAAGAGUCAACGGGGUAAAGGUUCCGGAGGAGCAACGGAUGCGAAAGCAGCCGGUUUACCAGCCGCAAAGGGACCUGAAAAGGAUACCACGUCAGGUUCGGCAGCGGCGGACCUGACCAAAGGUAGUUCGAAACGGAAGGCAGUCUCUCGGGAACGAUUGGCGAGGAACGUUAAGAGCAAAAGUUGACUAGCAUUGGGUUCGUAGCACGACACUUUGGCGAAAAUAUCUGUUUGAUGUCAGAUCACUUGUAUCAUAUACAGAAAACGGGGUACGAGCAGCACUUGGACCACCUUCGCAGAAGUCCGGAACAAUUGCAGAUAUUCCAAUAUCGAACACCUCCUUGACUCAGUGUAUCAUGUUAGUAGUGUCCCGUAUCAAGCUGGUACGUAAAGCGGCAAAUGACUGGUCAUGCACAUGGUUUUCGUGCAUUUCUGUCCGUCU